GAGGCGGCGACGGCGCGGCAGAGACGCAGCAGCAAGGUUGCCUGAGCAGAGGACGCACACCGUCACCGAGAUGAAGUCGCACAACAGCAGGAAUGCAGCGAGAACGCGGGUCGGGGAUGAAGAUCUGAGCGCCGUGCUGUGUGAAUUUGACGCGGUGAUUGAAGAUUUCGCCUCCCCGCUCAACAAGAGACACUUCAGGUACGACGAGCACCUGAGGUGCAUGAAGAGGAGGAGCAGCACGAGUGUCAGCGACGGCGGUGUCAGUGACUCCGACAGUACAGAUUCAUUUCGCAGGAACAGUUUCGCCUUCAGUGACGAGAAGCUCGAGAGUUCCACGAUGUCAUCGUCCAAAGCAAAACUUGGGGAUACAAAGGAACUAGAAGACUAUAUUGCAGAUUUGAACAGAACAUUAGAAAGUAUGUGACGGGGAAGAAAAAAAGUUUGGUUCUUAGCCCUGUGUCAACACAUGAAAAGGAGCAUCUACAAGGAUCUGUUCGGUCUGCCAACAUUUCUCAACUGUGUUGCUUAGAAUAGUUGCCAGCUCUUACAAACAGUAAAUGCAUUUCUAAAUGAUUUCUAUUGUACACGUGUUAAAAUGUUGUGCUAUUUUUUAAGUUUGAGAAAUCUAAUUAGAACAGUAGAUUACUAUAAAGCUAGUACUGCUGUGCAUUUGUAUAAUGAAGAUGGAAUGGGGGCUGAUUUGAGGUCAUGAAGCAGUGCAGUAAGGAGGGGGAGGAGGAAGUAAUUGGGAAGGGAGUUAAAUGGGGCUAGGUGAAACAGAAGUACUUUGAUUUCAGUGAUUCUCUCGGCCUGGUUUCCACUAGUUUAGCCCACAAUGGUGCUGGCUGCCUUGUGGCAAAUAGUUCUUCGGAGAGGAAACCUCCAGAAGCUGCUACUUAAAAAUGGUCUGCACAGACCUCUUCCCACCAAUUGAAUCUUGAGCAGCUUUUCUUACUAAAAUCACUUCACAUUGAAAUAUUUUGUAAAUUAAAACACUGGAGUCAAAUCUUUUUGCCAGUUCAAACUAGUCUGUUCUGAGCAAACUGCCACAAAACUGUUUUACAAGACUUCAUCUGUGUUGCCCUUCACUGAAUUUUCCUGUACUGAAUAUUAAAGAAACAUAUAUUUUUGAAA